UUAUAUAUAACUUAUAUCCAAAUAUUUAUAGUGCAUGUAUAUAAGUUACAAUCGUAUUUCUCUCUUCAAACUAUUCAUCCCUACAAUUUCUAUCUCAUAUCUAAUAAUCACCAAAAAUGGAUGAACUAAUAUUUCCCUCGGCCUCAAUUUCUCAAGAAAACCAGCCAUCAACACUUGAACAGAGGCUUCAGUAUAUCCUCAAAAGUCAAACAAAUUCUUGGGCUUACGCCAUUUUCUGGCAAACCACCUCUAAUAAAGACAACAAUGGAAGUUUUUUCUUAACUUGGGGUGAUGGCCAUUUUCAGGGAAGCAAUAAAGACGUAGAAUGGUUCUACGUGUUGUCACUGGCUAAGUCUUAUUCUGGUAAUGAAGGGGUUAUUGGAAAAGCUUUUAGUACAGCUUCUUUUGUGUGGCUAAAUGGGGCACAACAACUUCAGUUUUGUAGCUGUGAAAGGGCUAAAGAAGCUCAGUACAAUGGCGUUAAAACUCUUGUUUGUGUUCCAAUUUCAAAUGGGGUGCUUGAAUUAGGCUCGAGUGAUAUAAUCAAAGAGGAUUGGACCUUGGUUCAACAAGUCAAGUCUUUGUUUUGUUCAGUGCAAGAAAAUGGUCCAAUUAACUUUCUUGAUCAAAAUAGUACCAUUUAUUUUGCUAAUUUUGAUUUUGUUACCGGCAUGCAAAUAGAUGUUCAAGAAUCAGACAACAACAGUAGCAAAAAGGUAGCUACAAUGAGCCAUGCUUCAUUCCUAGAUUCAGAGCUAUCGAAUUCAGAUUGCCAAUUACUAGAACAUCCGCUGCAGAAAAGUAGAGUUGGAUCUAAGAUCAGAAGGACCUACAGGAAAAGGGAAAGAAAGCCGGGAGUAGAUUGCGACAAGCAAAUGAACCACGUAGAGGCGGAGAGGCAGAGGAGGGAGAAACUCAACCACCGAUUCUACGAGUUGCGCUCGGUGGUUCCGCAAGUUACGAGAAUGGACAAAGCCUCAUUGCUAUCAGACGCAGUGGCCUAUAUCAAUGAACUCAAAGCCAAAGUGGAUAAAUUGGAGUCAAAACUUCAUAGAGUCUUGGAGCUCAAGAAGAAACCGCAAAUGGAACACAAUGACGCUGUGGACAACCAAAGCUCUACCAAUUCGGUGGAUCACAAAAAUCAGACAUUGAAGGUUGAAGUGAAGAUGAUAGGUCCAGACGCCAUGAUUAGAGUUCAAUCAGAAGAUGUGAAUUACCCAUCAACAAGAUUGAUGUGUGCACUUCAAGAUCUUGAACUUCAUGUCUACCAUGCCAACAUCUCAAGUGUCAACAACAUUGUGGUUCAGGAUAUAGUGAUUAGUGUUCCUAAUAAGGGAUUAAAAACUGAAGAUGGAUUAAGAGCUGCUCUUCUUACAAGCUUAGAGCAAAUCGAGGCCUGUUGAUAAUUGCCUUGUCGUUUAGUUUUGAGCAUGUACAUAAUUUUUAAUUUCUGUCGUCUUUUCUUCUUCUUUUAGUAACUAAAAUCCUUCUUUAUAUAGUUGAGUUUAUUCAUCUCCCUUACUCGUGGCAGUAGUAUAUUAGUCUUGUAUUUUUAUUCGUAGAGUUAUAUUUUUACAUGUUA